UCAGGCGUUUACGUGUUAUUAUCUCUCUCUCUAUCCUGAUUUCGAAGAAAAAAGAAACCGCCACGAGAUCCAUUCCCCGCGCGUAUAUAUAAUAACCGCACGUCUUGCUGAAGCUCGUGUUCGAAGAGUUCCGACCGAGGACUCCACUUUCCCAUCUCAUUCCCUCGCCCUCGGUAACUGAUUCUGAAUUUCCUCUCUAAUUAAUCUUCACUUCCAUAUCCUUUGCUUCAUCGACUCCUAGAUCACUCUUCCCCUUCUUUUCUUCAACUACAAUUUCUUCCGCAUUACUUAUUCAUCAGUUUCUUCGUGAUCCUCUACUUUCUCCUCUCGAUUCGUUCCCGAGCUCUCUUGCGGUCGUUUCUGCAUCAUGCCGGUGCAUCUCACGCCCAAUGCAAUCUCUGCUAUUGUCGCUGGCGACGUUAAUUCCAAGCCUCUGGUGCAGGUUCUGGAUAUCAAGCUGAUCGGUAACGCGCAGGAGAGGUACAGCCUCUUGAUAUCCGAUGCUGUUUCUGCUGAGCAGGCUAUGCUCGCCACUCAGCUUAAUGAUGUUGUUAAGACUGGACGAGUCAAGAAAGGAUCCGUUAUCCAGUUGAUCGACUAUGUCUGCAGUCCCAUCAAGAACCGCAAGAUUAUUGUUGUACUCUGCCUGGAAACUAUUAUAUUGGAUUGUGAGAUAAUUGGGAAUCCAAAAUCAUCUGCUCAAUCAGAGAAUUUUGCACAAAAGGCAACACCAUCUGUAAAUUUAGAGCAACCUGCCAAGGUUGGUAAUGGUCAUUUGAGUGCCAGAAAUCCAGUUCAUAAUGUGCAAAGCUUCCAAGCUACAGUUCAACCUCCAUAUCAGCCACCUCCAAAUUAUAAAAAUCAUGGUGCAAUCAUUAAGAACGAGGCACCAGCUCGUAUAAUUCCCAUAGCUGCAUUGAAUCCUUAUCAGGGACGAUGGGCUAUAAAGGCAAGAGUUACUGCAAAGGGUGAUCUCCGUCGCUAUAACAAUGCCAAAGGAGAUGGAAAAGUUUUCUCUUUUGACCUCCUUGAUUCUGAUGGAGGAGAGAUACGUGUGACCUGUUUUAAUGCUGUUGUGGAUCGUUUCUACGAGGUCAUAGAAGUUGGUAAAGUUUACUUGAUUUCUAAAGGUAGCCUGAAACCUGCACGGAAGGAUUUCAAUCAUCUAAAGAAUGAAUGGGAGGUUUUCUUGGAGGCAUCUUCCACUGUGGAACUGUGCCCAGAUGAAGAUGAUACCAUACCAAGACAACAGUUUUCUUUUAAACCUAUCAGUGAAAUCGAGAAUGCUGAAACCAACUCUAUUCUGGAUGUUAUUGGGAUUGUAACAUCUAUCAAUCCAUCAAUCCCUGUUUUGAGAAAAAAUGGUAUGGAAACUCAAAGAAGAGUUGUGUAUUUGAAGGAUGCGUCUGGCAGGAGUGUUGAGCUAACAAUGUGGGGGGAUUUUUGCAACAAGGAAGGCCAAAAAUUGCAAGAAAUAAUUUACUCAGGCCUUUCUCCAGUUUUAGCUGUGAAAUCCGGGAAGGUGAGUGAUUUCACUGGGAAAUCCAUUGGGACAAUUUCUUCUACUCAGCUUUUCAUAAAUCCCGAUCUUCCUGAGGCUCACAUCUUGAGGGAGUGGUACGAUGGUGGGGGAAAGAAUACUACUUCUCUAUCUAUUUCUAAAGAAAUUGUACCAGGAUCUGCCAAGAAUGAUAUUCGGAAGACUGUGUCUCAGAUUAAAGAUGAAGGACUUGGCAGAGCUGACAAGCCAGAUUGGAUAACAGUGAAAGCAACAAUAUCGUUUAUCAAAACAGAUUCUUUCUGCUACACAGCAUGCCCGUUAAUGAUUGGAGAUCGACAAUGCAACAAGAAGGUGACUAGAUCAGGAAACUCGAAGUGGGUGUGUGACAGGUGCAAUCAAGAAUUUGAGGAUUGCGACUACAGGUAUCUUCUUCAAGCCCAAAUCCAAGACCAUACUGGAUUGACAUGGGUGACGGCCUUCCAGGAAACUGGUGAAGAGAUUCUGGGUGUCUCAGCCAAGGAAUUGUACAUGUUGAAGUAUGAAGAGCAGGAUGAUGUCAAGUUUGGUGAAAUCAUCAGAAGUAAAAUCUUCGAUCAAUUUCUGUUUAGGCUCAAAAUUAAGGAGGAGGUGUAUGGCGAUGAACAGAGAGUGAAAAAUACUGUAGUCAAGGCAGAUAGGGUAAACUAUUCUUCAGAAAGCAAAUAUAUGUUGGAUUUGCUUUCCAAAUUUUCGAGGUUGAAUAAAGACUGCCUUGGAGGACUUUGGGCACAUCAAGAAGACAAAGCAAAAGUGAUCCAAACCAAAUGACUUUUGAGCCAAAUAGAAACUUUAUAUUGAAUAUAUCAUAGUUUCUGAUGAAUUUACAGCAGGAGCCGCAUAUUGAUUAUUACACACAAAACACAGAAACUACCACUACAGGAGAAUGGAACAUCAUGAAUGGAAAUGAUAACAUAAUUGGUGGAAUGUGAUCCUCCGCAGCUCAGGUCCGCUUGACGGGAUCGAAAUUGGCGACGCCAAUAACUGCACCCAAGAUAGCAGUGACGACUACUCCACCGGCGGCAAUGCUGAGCAAGAAAUUCUUGAGAGAGGGACUAACUCCAGAGCCAGCAGCUUCAGCCACUUCAGGAAGGACCAUGGAAGCUGUGAGUGCCGUUGCAGCCAGUCCAGCGACAGCCUUCUCCUUCAAAGAAGCCCGCACUUGGAACUUGGCGCUGGAGCUUGAGGAGCCACUUGGCUUGUUGGAAGGUCUCAAAGGCAAUGGUUUGGCAAAGGCUUCGGCCCUCCUCGCUCUCUUCUGUGCCGCAUUAGUAAUUGGCAUAGCCAUUGAAAUUGCAGAAGUUGAAGCCAUUUGAUUCUCUCUUGGGCUCUUCUCUGUCAAAUUUGAUUGAAGCUUUUUCCUUUUACGCAGUUCUCUUCUAAUCUGAAAUGAGAGAGAGAGAGAGAGAUAUAGAAUAUUGGUUUUGUUAAGGUGCGUCUGUUCUUGUUCCUCACUUUAUUUUAGAAUAUAGUGGUGGUGGUGGUGGUGGAAGCUUGACCGGGUGAGAGGUCCAUAUUUGAGAUAUCAUGUUACCGCUGUUCCACGUGGCAAGUUUUGCACUUGAAACUGACGAUAACAUUAUCUUGUUGCCCCAAUUACUUUCCAGGAAUUGGUUCGGAGGAUGUUGCACCAAAUACCAAUAUCCGUCCUACGUCUAUAUUAUUAUAUUUUCUCAAA